CGACCAAGACGCCCACAACGGUGGCAACGAUUACCCUUUCUCGUCCAAAAUGUCGACCAUGAUAGAAGAAUGGGACGCCCAAAUGAUGGACUACUCGAUGGACCCCGACAUCCACAUGCACACCUCUGCUCCUUCACCCAAAAAUGACUGGCCACAUCCCGAAGCGACGAUGGAAGACGCAACAACCUCUUCAUACCCAGUACAGGAGGACGUGGAGAUUGAUAUGGAUCAAUAUUACGAGAGCCCUCAGGAGUACGAGAUGGCGGAUGAACAGAAUGUCGGGACGACGCACGACGAUCCGGUCGAUGUCGACGUCUACGACGCCUCCAAGGAGACAGCUACUGAUAUCAUCGAGCCCACAGUCUCCGCCUCUCUCUCUCAACAACAAACUGACGUCUUCACCGGUAACCCAACACUUUCAGAGGCAACAGUUGAAACUCAUACGCAUUUGGAUCUUCCCGUCCUAUCCUCGUCCGAAGGCCUCAUUCCUGCCACGCAGGCUAACGCGUCGGCUCCCCCUUUGUCUUCUGAAACCCGUCAUCCUUCGGAAAAUCCGACUUUUCACGAAGCUAUCGCUCACUCUGAUUCCCAAGCAGAGAGCUCAGAGUAUACUCAUCCUAAUUUCGCUCCUGCAGCCACCGAGCACCCCGAAAAUUUAUCUAGUCAAGAUUACGCUACCGAUGCUCCUCACUCGAGCGAACCGUCAGUAGAGGGCGAAGGAAUCUCAGCGCACGAGAGUAUUUCGCACGUUGAGAACUCUGAAGGCUCUUUGGCAGCGUCAUCUGCGCCUCAGGAUCUGCCAUCGGAGCCAGCCCGGGAACACCUAUCGUCUAUAGACCAUGAAGCGCUCUCUUCAGCUGUCCCUUCCGAAGAGCAGCAUGGUGAAGAACACUCGCAGGAUCCAGACGACCAUACCGCCGACCAUGCUCAAACCGAGGAGCCUACCACCGAUCAGCCGCAGCAGUACGAUGAGCACGUCGAACCAGACCAUGAUCACGACGAUAACGUCGAACAAGCCGCCGCCGCCGAUCCACACGAAAUCUCCGAAGGCGUUUAUAUAGAUCCUCCACCCCCGGUUCUCCUCGAAAUCCCCUCCUCGUCUGAACAUACUGAAUGCUGCCUCUUUAACGCUCCGGGCUCACAAUCUGGCUCGCAUAGCCCCGUUGAAUCAAGGUCAACCGCUGGCACUGAUCCAAGCUCAUCCACGGUAUUAUUGUCGAGUCGGCCGACCUUAUACUACGAGAGGUUGUCGGACGUGUUCCUGGCUCUUAGGGAUGAGGAGAGAGUCAGAAGUAUACCUGAAUUGUUUGACGGAGAGCUGGUGUUUGAUGCGUACGAUUUGCAGCUCGUCAUUUCGGAGGAUAACAGCUACGCACGCGAGGUCAACCUGCAUGAUCUGAACGAGCUGCAUGACAACUUGGGUCUUCCCGGCCCACUUCGCUUGCGACUAACCUCCUUUGUGCCCCGAUUCAUCGCGAGGUAUCGGUCGUUGAAAGACCAGAUUGCGAGACUGACUCUCGGGGAAGCUGAUCAAGAAACGGAAGUACAACAUGAAGAGCAAGAGCACCAUGAGCAGGAAGUGUACCAGGCAGAAGAUGGCGAUGGCGAUUAUGAGGAUGUAGAAGAGGGUGAGCCUACCCAAACGGAAGAGGAGUAUUACGAUAGUCAACCGCAUGAAGAAUACGCUGGACAACCUCACCCCGACUACGAGCAACACGAAGAACAGGAUGCGGAACAUGAGCGCCAACGUCCGGAGGACACUGAUGAUCGUCCAAAUCACGAUCACCAGCAAACGCAACCCCAGGAUCAAGAACAAAUCCUCCGCGAACAAGCUCUCGCGCCGACCCAAACCCAGUACCUCAACGCAGACUCCGACAAUUUGGAUGCCAGCGAACUCAUCAACGAUCAAGAACACCACCCAGGAUACCCUACGGAGUCUGACGCCACAUCCUCUCUCGCGCAUGAUCAUCCAUCUCAACACGGCCAAGACGAAUCUCAGGUCGAGGCGGUCGAUGUGGCGCAUCAUUCGGUCGAGAAUCCGAACUAUCAUGAGGUGGGUGUGGACGGCGAGGAGGCGACGGCAUUGGAGGAUGAGAACGAGUAUGAGGAUUCGGGGAUCGCGUUGAGAGAUGAUGACGUCCCGAGCGUUGCGGGCGUGGAUGUCGUUCACGGUGACGUUGAAGAGGUCGAUGAUGGUUUUGGCGCUGAUGAGGACGCUCAGCAAGAUCCUCAGGGUGAGGAUGAGAGCGUGGAUAUCGAGGAGUUCGAUGAGGAUAUUCACAGGCAUUUGGAUACGGAUGCCUCUGCUGGUGUCGGACAGGAUAAUACUGAGUACGAGGAGUAUACGGAGCCGCGGGAGGACGAGGAGCAGGUUGGAGAGGAGUAUCCUGGCGAGGCUUUUGGUGGCGAAGUUCAGGACAAUAACGCUCCCGAGGCUGGCAGCGAGGGUGAUUACCUUGAGUUGGAAGGGGGUGAGGAACUCCAGGAAGAGGCAGUAUUUGAGGGUGAGGGAUACAUUGAUGAGGAAGGCGUGGAAGUUCCUAUCGAUGAUGUUCAGCAGGGAAUUACAGACGAUGCUGACCAGAACGGUGAAGUCGACGAUCUUGACGAAUUCGAUGCUGACGCUUUUGAUGGUGCUGGCACAGAUAUCACAGAUUCGGAGGCUGCUCGAUUGCUCGACUACGUCCAAGCUCAAGCCGAAGCACACUCCCAUUCCCCGCAAGGCUCUCAUGCGGGGCCUGGCUCCAUAACAGAGAACAAAGAAACUGACUACGCAGCAUAUUCCCCAACAGAAGACAGCCAUGAGAAUGCAGCCGAACAGACACAACAAAAUCAAGAUGAGGAAAAUUAUGCAUUCGCAGAUGAGACUUUUGACACGACGCACGCAGAGAACGGAGACGACCUCCAUGAGUAUGAAAACGAAUCGUUCGACGAUGGUGGUCCAAAUGUGGACGAGCUCGACGACGAGGACGGUCAUGCACUCGAGGUCCCCGCUCAUGCGAGUGGCUCAGAAAAGGCCCACGCCGAUCCACAUGCUGAGGAGGACGAACCCGAGUUUGACGAAGAGGACGACGAUGACCUCUAUGCCGGCGAUCUCACGGUCCAGGGGCUCGACGACGUGGGCCCGGAUGCGCAUUCGACGGACAGUCUGCUGUCGAUCGUAUCGAAGACGUCGUCGAAAAGAGGAUUUGAGGAGGUCGAUGAUGACGACUACGAACUAGAGCUUGAAGAGGGUGAGCAUGUGGUCGUGAAGGCUGGGGGUGAUUUGUCGCCGGGUUCGAAGCGUGCUCGCGUUCAGUGACGGAUAGCGCCACCCGCGCCAUCGUCGCUGUACGCGAACGGCGCUUUAUCGCCGUACGGGGGCCCAGGUGGCAUUCACCAAGGACGAUCUUGAGUCGCUCCCCCUCUAUCUCCCCGGUGCCUUCUACUUUGGCCCCAUCCGCACAUAGUCUUUUCCUUCGUCUUCAACUAUCCGACUUCUCGACCGCUCACCUCCAAGGUUUUCAUCCGGUUCUCGAUAUCCGACAUCCUGCGGCCACACGGUCGCCACCCCCUCCCGGUUCUCAAGGACGCUCUCGACCGUUUCACUCCAGUCUCAACCUCGCUUUUUCAAGGUUUGGUCUCAAUUCUUCUCCUGCAAGAUUACGCGGCUUUCGAUCGCAUGUAUCAAUGUCUCACAUUCUCUGUAUCAAUUUCGGUGGUAAGGCGGGCGGGCGUAGUGCCGUGGUGGGGACGAGUGAUGAUCUGGGGCCGUGGGGCGCGUUAUGCUACUGACCUUUCUUUUACAGCUUUGACUCCACUGUGCGCGGGGUCUAUGUCUCUUGAUCGAGGUUUUCGCUGGCUGGCGCACACACUGAUCGUUUGGCUGCUAGCUUUUUUCGUAUCUGAUGGCUUGUGUAACGAGGGCAUCGGGCUCUCGUGGUUCGCCUGCUAAGACUAUUGGAGCGUCGAGAUGGGAAGGGGUGGUGUGCGCGAGUGGGGCUGUGGAAGAGGGCGGUGUCGACGUUGUUCUGUGCUUCACGGCCGUGGUGGAUGGGGGAGGGUCGCUGCUUCUUUCGAUUUUCUUUCCGGCGAUUAGUUGUUUUGUUUUUCUUUUCCCUCUAGUGAUCUGAUAAUUCUGUGGUCCUUCUUCCCUCUUCGUAUUCUUUUGCGAAGCUACGUCUUACAUCUUGGGUACAGCUGUUUCGUGUAUGCUGAAGUUUCGUGGGGGCUCUAGUAGGUCCAGGGGUUUGGAGGGGCGUUUAUUUCUAUGCGAUUCUUUGCUUGUGGAAAGUAACAUUAUACUUUUUGUUUCUGAAAUCUCAUUUUCGUUAUCUG